AUGUACCUGCCGGAGAGAACAUCUCAGUUGUCCGUUAGCCGUCAAUACAAGCGAGCUGCAGUCGCUUGCAAGGCAUGCAGCUUGCGUAAAGUCCGAUGCACCGUCACCCUUUCUGGCCCGCCCUGUGCCAACUGCUCCGUUGACGCCAUCGCUUGCGAGAUUGUGCACCGCAAGAUUCGACGAAACCCAGAUCGGCUGUCGUCAGUCUCGGCGGAUAACUUGCAUCGCCAGGGCCAAGCGCAGGAACAAGCUGGAGCCUCAAUCCCGACCCUGGAGUCGACGCGUCCGACUGUAUUACAAGCAUCCGAUUGGUAUGCGAACCCCACGGUUUCGAGCGGCGUCGAGUGGCACAUUCUUGGAGCGAUGGCUCCUCUCGAGAUCCCACGAUCCCAAAGCACGACCGAAAUCGACAUGACUGUCUCCCUGCCCCCCUUGGGAAAUCUGCCAGCCGAAGAAGUUGAAUAUUUGCGGAAAAAGGGUUGUUUGACGUUGCCUCCAGCAGAGGUUCAAGACUCCCUGAUUCAUUGCUACUUUUGCCAUGUUCAUCCGUUUUACCCCUUUCUCGACGCCGGAGACUUUCUGCAGCAGUUUGGGGCAGGCCAGACUAGCCUCUUACUUCUAUGGAGCAUGUUCAUUGCAUCCGCCUCCUUUGUCGAAGAGAGCGUGCUUUUCGAGGCUCUUUAUCCCACGCGUACGGCACUCAAGAAAGAUAUGUACCAGAGAGCAAAGGCUUUAUAUGACGCUGGUUACGAGAAGGACGAGAUAACUGUCAUCCAAUCAGUCUUCUUGAUGAGUCAUUGGUUCGCCAGCUUCAAGGAUCAAUAUGGGCCAUGGCAUUGGAACGGCAUCGCCAUAAGCCUCUCGCAGACGCUCUACCUCGAUCACACGGAUUCAUACCACUAUCAGACGAGUCGCCACACGCGGCCGCGCUGGCGCCGGCUCUGGUGGAGCAUACACAACCGCGAAGUGUGGCUUUCACUUGGCAUGGAGCGGCCAGCACGCAUCACGUCGGGGGAAAAUGGCGUUCCUAUGCCCAGUCUGCUUGAUGCCGACGUUUCCAUCAACAGCAUCAGCGAGAGAAGUCGAAUGUAUCUUCCCGAAGGCCUGCCUGUCCUCUUUGAGGCUUGGUUGUGCUGGACCAAGCUGAUGGCAGCGCUAUGCAAGAUACUGCCGUCGCUUCGCACCACAAAGUCGCCGAUCCCGACAAGGGAACAAUAUUCGCUCCUUGAGAACGAAAUCCGUGCGUGCUACUUCUUAUUUCCCGAAGAAAAGCCACAAGAUAAACUAUUGGCGACGCAUCUGUACCAGUUCAAGCUCUUCUUUGAGACUGUUAUUAUUGUCCUGUACCGUCCGUCCAUCCAAGCUUGGAAUCACGAACGGAGGGCUCCGACAGGCCAAGAAGAUGACGACCUUGCCCCCCUCGUGUGCCAGAAGAUGGCGACGGCGGCAUCCAACGCCGCUCACAUAGUCAAAUCGCUCCUGUCGGAUGGCCUCAUUGGCGGGUGCCAAACAAUGAGCGCCAUUGCACUCAUACCCCCGAUGCAUAUCCUGCUGCUCGAUUCUUGCUCAUUGAGGCCAAUAUCGCGCCAAACAGGGUCACGCAACCUCGCGCUAUUCAUGCGUGCUUUGGAUGAAAUGCGCAAGUCGAACAUGACUGCCGAGGUCAUCUAUCGAUGGUUCAAAUCUUCCAUGGCAAGGAUCGACAACAUGCCUGUUGAAGAAACCAUCGCAUCGUUGGAAGAAUACAUGUCCAGCUCGGGCAAGGACACAGCAGCUGACGCGGCCGCCCGCAACGUCAACAGGUGGACAUCGAGUGUCAGUAUCAAGACGUCGCUUCCGGACAUGAUCCUUUCGUACGUUGCAUUAUCAAGCGUCGUAAGCGCUGCCGUGAUCACCGUAACGGUGGCACCGGCGAUUCCCUCCGACGUGCCCCAGUGGAAGACUGGUCGGCUCUUCAGAUCGGCCAUCAUCAACAGCACCAACUUUUACCGCAGCGAGCAUAACGCCAGCAGCGUGGCAUGGAACGCUACGCUCGCCGAGUUCGCAGCGAGCUACCUCGACGGUACAGCGUGCAAGUUCAAGCACUCGGGCGGCCCCUACGGAGAGAACCUCGCCAUGGGGUACCCGAACGCGACUGCUAGCGUCGAAGCCUGGGGCGACGAGAGGGCCCAGUACCAGUUUAAUCGCCAGGCCUUCAGCAAGGAUACCGGUCACUUUACUCAGCUCGUCUGGAAGGGGACGACGGAUGUGGGCUGCGGAAGAAUUCUGUGCGGCAACAGAGGAUGGUUUCUGGUCUGCGAGUACUGGCCGCGAGGGAAUGUCAUUGGCGAGUUCGACAACGAGGUGAGCGCGAGAACAGGCAGAGCAGUGUUGAGAAUACCGCGUAUAUGGCCCGCGCUCGGUAUCGUGGGAAUUUCCUUGCUGUUCUGGAUAUAG